AUGAAGAUCGCUGGUGGCCACCAUAGCUGCCAAGGUUUUCACAUUCCUCUCUUUGGCGCUAAGACUAUUGUCCAGAGAAGUCCUGAUGAACCAGCAUUGAGCAAAGCUGAAUUUGUUGAGAAAGUUCGUCAGAGUAACCAGGCCUGCCAUGAUGGAGACUUCCACACAGCUAUUGCUUUGUACAAUGAAGCCCUGGCAGUUGACCCUCAGAACUGCAUUCUGUAUAGCAACAGGUCUGCAGCCUACAUGAAAACCCAGCAGUACCACAAGGCACUGGAUGAUGCAGUCAAAGCCCGGCUCCUGAACCCCAAAUGGCCAAAGGCAUACUUCCGACAGGGUGUUGCCCUCCAGUACCUCGGACGUCACGCGGAUGCCCUGGCAGCCUUCGCGUCUGGGCUGGCUCAAGACCCCAAAAGCCUCCAGCUCCUGGUGGGGAUGGUGGAAGCUGCCAUGAAGUCUCCCAUGAGAGACACCCUGGAGCCCACUUACCAGCAGCUUCAGAAAAUGAAACUGGACAAGAGUCCCUUUGUGGUCGUGUCUGUGGUUGGGCAGGAACUCCUGACAGCUGGCCACCACGGGGCCUCCGUGGUUGUCUUAGAAGCUGCUCUGAAGAUUGGCACUUGCAGCCUCAAACUGAGAGGCUCUGUCUUCUCCGCCCUGAGCAGUGCACACUGGUCUCUUGGGAACACAGAGAAGAGCACUGGGUACAUGCAACAAGACUUGGACGUAGCCAAGACCUUAGGUGACCAGACAGGAGAAUGCCGAGCUCAUGGGAAUCUAGGCUCUGCAUUCUUUUCCAAGGGGAAUUACCGAGAGGCCCUCACAAACCACAGGCAUCAGCUGGUGCUCGCCAUGAAGCUCAAGGACCGGGAGGCAGCGUCGUCAGCCCUGAGCAGUCUGGGUCAUGUGUACACAGCCAUCGGAGACUAUCCCAACGCUCUGGCCAGCCAUAAGCAGUGCGUCCUCCUCGCUAAGCAGUCCAAAGAUGACCUCUCUGAAGCCCGAGAGCUCGGGAACAUGGGAGCCGUGUACAUCGCCAUGGGUGACUUUGAGAACGCCGUGCAGUGCCACGAGCAGCACCUGCGGAUAGCCAAGGACCUGGGGAGCAAGCGCGAGGAGGCCCGUGCCUACAGCAACCUGGGCAGUGCCUACCACUACCGGAGGAACUUUGACAAGGCCAUGUCCUACCACAACUGUGUGCUGGAGCUGGCGCGGGAGCUGACGGAGAAGCCCAUUGAGAUGCGAGCCUACGCGGGCUUGGGCCACGCAGCCAGGUGCAUGCAGGACCUGGAGAGGGCGAGACAGUACCACGAGCAGCAGCUGAGUAUUGCGGAGGACCUCAAGGACCGCGCGGCAGAGGGCCGUGCGUCCUCCAACCUGGGGAUCAUCCACCAGAUGAAAGGCGAUUAUGACACAGCCCUGAAGCUCCACAAGACCCACCUGUGCAUCGCCCAAGAGCUGAGCGACUACGCGGCCCAAGGCCGUGCCUACGGAAAUAUGGGCAAUGCCUACAACGCCCUGGGCAUGUACGACCAGGCUGUCAAGUACCACCGUCAAGAGCUGCAGAUCUCCAUGGAAGUGAACGACCGUGCCUCCCAGGCUUCCACUCAUGGGAACCUGGCUGUCGCCUACCAGGCCCUGGGAGCCCAUGACCGGGCCCUGCAGCACUACCAGAACCACUUGAACAUUGCCCGGGAGCUGAGAGACAUCCAGAGCGAGGCCCGGGCCCUCAGCAACCUGGGGAACUUCCACUGCUCCAGAGGAGAGUACGUCCAGGCUGCACCCUACUACGAACAGUACCUCCGCCUCGCUCCGGACCUCCAGGACAUGGAGGGAGAAGGGAAGGUCUGCCACAACCUCGGUUACGCCCACUACUGCCUUGGAAACUACCAGGAGGCCGUGAAGUACUAUGAGCAGGAUCUGGCUCUGGCCAAAGACCUCCACGACAAACUGAGCCAAGCAAAAGCCUACUGCAACUUGGGCCUGGCCUUCAAGGCUCUGCUGAACUUCACCAAGGCAGAGGAGUGUCAGAAGUACCUUCUGUCCCUAGCCCAGUCGCUGGACAAUUCCCAGGCAAAGUUCCGAGCCCUGGGGAACCUGGGCGAUAUAUUUGUCUGCAAAAAGGAUGUGAACGGCGCGAUAAAGUUCUACGAGCAGCAGCUGGGCCUGUCUCACCACGUGAAAGACAGAAGGCUGGAGGCCAGUGCCUACGCGGCCCUGGGCACCGCGUACCGCAUGGUCCAGAAGUACGACAAGGCCUUGGGCUAUCACACGCAGGAGCUGGAGGUCUAUCAGGAACUGAGCGACCUGCCGGGGGAGUGCCGGGCCCACGGGCACCUGGCGGCCGUCUACAUGGCCCUCGGAAAAUACACAAUGGCGUUCAAGUGUUACCAGGAGCAGCUGGAGCUGGGGCGGAAGCUGAAAGAGCCGAGCCUGGAGGCGCAGGUGUACGGCAACAUGGGCAUCACGAAGAUGAACAUGAACGUGGUGGAGGACGCCAUCGGCUACUUUGAGCAGCAGCUGGCCAUGCUGCAGCAGCUCAGUGGGAACGAGUCCGUGCUGGACAGGGGCCGGGCCUACGGCAACCUGGGGGACUGCUACGAGGCCCUGGGGGACUACGAGGAAGCCAUCAAGUACUACGAGCAGUACCUGUCCGUCGCCCAGAGUCUGAACCGCAUGCAAGACCAAGCCAAGGCCUACCGGGGCCUAGGAAACGGACACAGGGCGACCGGGAGCUUGCAGCAGGCCCUUGUGUGCUUUGAGAAGAGGCUCGUGGUGGCCCAUGAGCUCGGGGAGGCCUCCAAUAAAGCUCAGGCCUAUGGAGAGCUGGGAAGUCUCCAUAGCCAAUUAGGGAAUUACGAACAAGCCAUCUCCUGCCUUGAACGCCAGCUGAACAUCGCCAGAGACAUGAAGGACAGAGCCUUGGAAAGUGACGCGGCCUGCGGCCUGGGGGGUGUCUACCAGCAGAUGGGAGAGUACGACACAGCCCUGCAGUACCACCAGCUCGAUCUGCAGAUUGCAGAGGAGACAGACAAUCCCACAUGCCAGGGCCGAGCCUACGGGAACCUGGGUCUCACCUAUGAGUCCCUGGGCACUUUUGAGAGGGCCGUGGUCUAUCAGGAGCAGCACCUGAGCAUCGCGGCGCAGAUGAACGACUUGGUGGCCAAGACUGUGUCCUACAGCAGCCUGGGCAGGACUCACCAUGCCUUGCAGAACUAUUCGCAGGCAGUCAUGUACUUACAGGAAGGUUUAAGGUUAGCUGAGCAACUAGGUCGAAGAGAAGAUGAAGCGAAAAUUCGCCAUGGGCUCGGCCUCUCCCUUUGGGCCAGCGGGAACCUGGAGGAGGCUCAGCACCAGCUUUACAGAGCAUCAGCCUUGUUUGAAACAAUUCGGCACGAGGCACAGCUGAGCACAGACUACAAGCUCUCCCUGUUUGACCUGCAGACGUCAUCCUACCAGGCCCUGCAGCGGGUGCUUGUCAGCCUAGGCCAUCAUGAUGAAGCCCUGGCAGUAGCAGAAAGGGGCCGGACAAGAGCAUUUGCUGACCUGCUGGUGGAAAGACAGACUGGACAACAGGACUCCGACCCCUACUCACCCAUCACCAUCGAUCAGAUCUUAGAGAUGGUUAAUGCCCAGCGGGGACUGGUGCUGUACUACUCCCUGGCCGCCGGCUACCUCUACAGCUGGCUGCUUGCCCCUGGAGCAGGAAUCCUGAAGUUUCACGAACAUUACUUGGGUGAUAAUUCGGUGGAAAGUUCCAGUGAUUUCCAAGCUGGCAGCAGUGCAGCGUUGCCCAUAGCAACCAGCUCUACACUGGAGCAGCACAUCGCCAGUGUCCGGGAGGCCCUGGGGGUGGAGUCUUACUACUCCAGGGCCUGUGCCAGCAGUGAGACAGAAAGCGAGGCUGGAGACAUCAUGGAGCAGCAGUUGGAGGAGAUGAACAAGCAGCUGAACUCAGUUACCGACCCCACAGGCUUCCUGAGGAUGGUGCGUCACAACAACCUCCUGCACAGGAGCUGCCACAGCAUGACAAGCUUGUUCAGUGGUACGGUGUCACCCAGCAAGGACGGGACCUCCUCCCUGCCCAGGAGGCAGAACUCACUGGCCAAGCCCCCACUCCGUGCCCUGUACGAUCUGCUCAUCGCGCCCAUGGAAGGGGGCUUGAUGCACUCCAGCGGCCCCGUGGGCCGGCACCGGCAGCUGGUUCUGGUUCUGGAGGGGGAGCUCUACCUUGUCCCCUUUGCUCUCCUGAAGGGCAGCGCCUCCAACGAGUACCUGUAUGAGCGCUUUACCCUCAUCGCCGUGCCUGCCGUCCGCUCGCUUGGUCCGCACUCCAAGGGUCACCUGAGGAAGACCCCGCCCACGUAUUCCAGCUCCACCGCCAUGGCAGCUGUCAUAGGCAACCCUAAGCUCCCCUCAGCAGUGAUGGACAGGUGGCUGUGGGGGCCGAUGCCCUCGGCAGAAGAGGAGGCAUACAUGGUGUCAGAGCUUCUGGGCUGCCAGCCCCUUGUGGGCAGUAUGGCCACCAAGGAAAGGGUCAUGAGUGCCCUGACCCAGGCUGAGUGUAUCCACUUUGCUACCCAUGUCUCUUGGAAACUCUCGGCCUUAGUCCUCACGCCCAACACAGAGGGCAACCCCGCCAGCAGCAAGAGCUCCUUUGGUCACCCCUACACGAUCCCCGAGUCGCUGCGGGUGCAGGAUGACGCAAGUGAUGUGGAAAGCAUCUCAGACUGCCCACCGCUGCGGGAGCUGCUCCUCACCGCGGCCGACCUCCUGGACCUGCGGCUGUCUGUGAAGCUAGUGGUGCUCAGCUCUUCCCAGGAGGCCAACAGCCGUGUCACAGCGGAUGGCCUGGUAGCACUGACACGGGCCUUCCUAGCUGCUGGUGCGCAGUGCGUACUCGUGGCUCUGUGGCCCGUUCCAGUCGCAGCUUCCAAGAUGUUUGUCCACGCCUUCUACUCAUCCCUGCUGAACGGCCUGAAGGCCAGCGCCUCCCUGGGUGAGGCCAUGAAGGCAGUGCAGAGCAGCAAGGCCUUCUCACAUCCCUCCAACUGGGCAGGUUUCACACUCAUCGGGAACGACAUAAAACUGAACAGCCCCUCGUCGCUCAUCGGCCAGGCGCUCACGGAGAUCCUGCAGCACCCGGAGCGGGCACGGGACGCUCUACGCGUGCUGCUGCACCUGGUGGAGAAGUCCCUGCAGCGGAUCCAGAAUGGACAGCGCAACGCCAUGUACACGUCUCAGCAGAGCGUCGAGAACAAAGUGGGCGGCAUCCCUGGGUGGCAGGCUCUCCUCACAGCAGUGGGCUUCCGGCUGGACCCUGCUGCCAGCGGCCUGCCAGCAGCCGUCUUCUUUCCAACCUCAGACCCAGGCGACAGGUUGCAGCAAUGCAGCAGCACUCUCCAGGCCCUGCUGGGUCUGCCCAACCCAGCUCUCCAAGCACUGUGCAAGCUCAUCACAGCCUCAGAGACGGGAGAGCAGCUCAUCAGCCGGGCUGUUAAAAAUAUGGUGGGAAUGCUCCAUCAAGUGCUGGUUCAGCUGCAGGCCUGUGAGAAGGAACAGGACUUUGCCUCAGCUCCCAUUCCAGUCUCCCUGAGUGUCCAGCUCUGGCGGCUCCCAGGGUGUCAUGAGUUCCUGGCAGCUCUCGGGUUUGACCUAUGCGAAGUAGGCCAAGAGGAAGUGAUCCUGAAAACCGGUAAACAGGCUAGUCGGCGCACCACCCACUUUGCUCUCCAGUCCCUACUGUCACUCUUCGAUUCCACCGAGCUCCCCAAGCGCCUCAGCCUGGACAGCUCAUCCUCCCUGGAGUCCCUGGCAUCUGCACAGUCUGUGUCCAACACUCUGCCCUUGGGUUACCAGCAUCCUCCUUUCUCACCCACGGGGGCAGACAGCAUCGCCUCGGACGCCAUCUCCGUGUACAGCCUCAGCUCAAUUGCCUCCUCCAUGAGUUUUGUUUCCAAGCCCGAGGGGGGACUGGAAAGCGGGGUUCCCCGAGGACGACAGGACUAUGAUAGGUCCAAGAGCACACACCCUCAACGAGCCACCCUGCCACGGCGCCAGAUGUCCCCCCAGGCCAGACGUGGGGCCAGCAAGGAAGAAGAAGAAUACGAGGGGUUCUCCAUCAUCAGCAUGGAACCUCUGGCGACCUACCAAGGCGAGGGGAAGGCGCGCUUCUCCCCAGACCCCAAGCAGCCCUGUGUCAAGGCACCAGGUGGGGUGAGGCUUUCGGUCAGCUCCAAGGGCAGUGUCAGCACUCCCAACUCCCCCGUGAAGAUGACCCUGAUCCCCAGCCCGAACUCACCCUUCCAGAAAGUGGGUAAACUGGCAAGUUCAGACACAGGUGAGUCGGACCAGUCCAGCACGGAGACCGACAGCACUGUGAAGUCCCAGGAGGAGAGCACCCCAAAGCUGGACCCCCAGGAGCUGGCCCAGAGGAUCCUAGAGGAGACCAAAAGCCACCUCCUGGCGGUAGAGCGCCUUCAGCGGAACGGUGGCCCAGCCAGCCCUGACCGAGAAGAUGGGGUGGUAGCACCCAGCAGCACCACAGUCUUCAGGGCCUCAGAGACCAGCGCCUUCAGCAAGCCUAUCCUCUCUCAUCAGAGGAGCCAGCUAUCCCCACUCACUAUCAAACCACAGCCCCCAGCCAGGAGCUCUUCCCUUCCCAAGGUAAGCAGCCCUGCCGCAUCAGAGGUGUCAGGCAAGGAUGGCCUGAGCCCGCCUGGCAGCAGCCACCCAUCGCCCGGCCGUGACACCCCAGUCUCCCCGGCAGACCCUCCGCUCUUCAGACUCAAGUACCCCAGCUCUCCGUACAGCGCUCACAUUUCCAAGUCCCCCCGGAACACAUCCCCUGCGUGCAGUGCGCCAUCUCCUGCGCUCUCCUACUCUUCAGCUGGCUCUGCUCGCUCCAGUCCUGCUGAUGCCCCCGAUGAGAAGGUGCAGGCGGUGCACAGCCUCAAGAUGCUCUGGCAGAGCACACCCCAGCCCCCCAGGGGCCCCCGAAAAAUAUGUCGAGGUGCACCAGGAACCUUGACAUCCAAAAGAGAUGUCCUCAGCCUGCUGAACUUGUCCCCUCGCCAUGGCAAGGAGGAGGGCGAGGCAGACAGGCUGGAACUGAAGGAGCUGUCUGUGCAGCGGCGUGACGAGGUGCCACCCAAAGUUCCCACCAAUGGCCACUGGUGUUCGGAUGCAGCAACACUGACAACAGCCAGUGGCCGCAGCACCACAGCAGCUGCCUCUCGCCCUCUGAGACUUCCCUUGGCCAACGGUUACAAAUUCCUGCCCCCAGGAAGGCUCUUCCCUUCCUCCAAAUGUUAGAGCAUCUUCUUGACCCUGACUCAGAGUCCAGGGGUCCCUCAUCCCUUGCGGUCACCUGCUCACACAGCCGCUGAUGCCAUCUCUCCCCGGACAGGUGGGCCCCCUGGGCAAGGUCACUGCCAUGCCAAAUACCGCAGUACUCAAGGGUAGCCCCUGGGCCAGAUUCACCAAAAGCAGGUCUUGCAUGGGAAUGGCAGUGCCUUCUCUGCUGCUGCCCUGCUCGAGUCUCGAGUCUCGAGUCUCGGUGACGCUCCUGCCGCAGGGCCUGUGGGAGGCGAGAGCACAGGGCUUGCUACCAAGUCUCUAUGCAUACCUUUCCCUCAGGAGCACAGACAGCUCUUGUUGGGCUUCCAGGUGCUGGUGGGAUAAAUAAUGUUCUAAGUCAAGUUCUGCACUGAUGCGUUACAUUAGCCAAAAGGAGAACUGUGGUUUUUAAAAUGCCAAUUCUUUGUGAUUAAAUUGUAGCCAUUCUGGUGGAUACGGAAGUCACAGCCACAAUGCAAUAACUCAUGUUGAAAGCUUGCAUCCCCAGCUGCUCCCCAUGAGCUAGGCCAGGGGUUCUUUAGACCCCACUGCUGGCCAAACUUGAAUUUUCUUAAAAAAAAUAAUAAUAAAAAUAAAAAUUCUGUACUCUUGUCCAGGCAUUUUAGAACUAUGCAAUUGUGGUUUAAAACACAACAUUGUACUUUUAAAACAUAACUGACCUUUUUUGUACAUGGAUAAACACUUGGUUUUAUUAUCAAUAGUACUUUGCAUUUAUAGCUGUUAUUUUUAAAAGCUCAAGAAAUUUUAAAUGCCAAAUUUUGAAUAUUCAUCCGUAAGAAGUAAUCAAGUUUUCCUGGUGGUAUGGUUGAAAUUAUUCAAUUUCCUUAUUUAAAAAAAAAAAAGAGAGAGAGAGAGAAAGAGAAAAAAAUA